GCGCGCCUCGGAGACGCCCUCCGCACAGGGGCCGGCACGACGCCGGAAGCCGGAAGCGCGCCGCCCGCUUCCUCGCGCGAAUCCUCAGCUCUCGCGAGAGGAACCUCGCGCGACUCGCGGAGCCAGUGGCGCUUCGGAAGCUGGGAUUCAAACGGGCGCGGGCGCUAAGGCCGAGCGAUGGGGACGUCCGUGGACCUGAUCCGAGGCUUCUGCGGAAAGCUGCGGUCUCUGGCCGUCACCCUGGACGGCGAGACGGCCCGGCUGCAGCGAGCGCUGGACGGAGAGGACAGCGACUUUGAAGAUUACCCACUGCGAGUUUUACAUGCUCUUCAUUCCGAAGUCCAGACCCUAAAGGAUGAUGUCAGCACUCUUCUUGAAAAAGCACGUUUGGGAAGUCAAGACAGCAUUGGUUUCAUAAAGGCAACAAAAGUACUGAUGAAAAAAAAUUCAGUGGAUAUCAUGAAAAUAAGAGAGGUUUUCCGGAAGUAUGGAUAUACUCCACGGGCCAAGAGCAAUUCAGCGGAUGAGCCAGGAGCCACGGACGCUAAACCAGAGGCCACGGAACAGGAGGAUCCUGAGCGGCCUGCAGCUGCGGUUCCAGGCCCUUCUGUCUCUGCGCCGUCUCCACGUAGCCCACAGCUUUCUGACUUUGGCCUUGAGCGGUACAUGAUCUCUCCAGCUCUGCCAAACCCUCCACGGUCCGCAAACAACGCUCAGGAAGAGCCCGACACUUUAAGUCCGUUUUCGAAACAGGCGCUAGUACAAAGCCCACGAUGUGCGCUUAAGAUGGAUGAUUUCGAGUGUGUCACUCCUAAGUUAGAGCACUUCGGCGUCUCUGAAUACACCAUGUGUCUAAAUGAAGACUACACAGUGGCGCGUAAACAUGUGAAGAGUAACAGUGAGGAGGCCAAAGAAACAAAGCCAGUGACCCACGAUCACUUCUUCACCGACCCUGGCCUCAUAACCCAGCCACCGGAGCAAAAUGAUGCUGACUGUACACACUCCCCCUUGGCACCUACGUUCUGCACUCCUGGUCUGAAAAUCCCUUCUACAAACCACAGCACAGCUUUGGUAUCUGCAAAUUAUCCCUCAUCAAAAGCAAACCGUUCAUCAUGUCGCGAUUUGGAAAUGAAAGAGCGUGCGUCGUUAGCUGCACACUCAGAAGAGAGCUUUGAGAAUUUUGCAGACCCCUCUUCUCCUACUAUCUCCGCUUAUGAGAAUCUGCUCAGAACACCGACGCCUCCAGAAGUAACUGCAAUUCCAGAAGAUAUUCGCCAGAUUCUGUCAAAGUACAACUCAAACCUCGCCACUCCGACAGCAGUGAAACCGGUGCCACCUGGCAAAGUGUUCCUUCCCCGACGUGAAGGGCAGAACACCCGAGACGCUGGCAACAAAGAAAACCGCCGAGAGUGAGAGCACUUGCAGUGGAUCCAUCCUUCCACUGUAGAAACUGAACAGGCGGGACUCUGCGUUCGUCACAGCCCCCAGCGCCUCCCCCCGUCCCUCCCGUGUUCAAGACGAGCGUGGACCCUGAUGUCACAAAAUGCUUUCUCUUAAGGCCAAUGCAGUCCAACCUCUGUCUCACUGACGUGUCGUUCAGCUCACCCCUUUCGAAAGAUGAUUUCAGAUUUACUCUGCUUGAUGGGACAAAGUGGCUUCAGUAGUAUUAGGAAGCAGGAGUAACCAUUUCCGAAAUUUACAUGUUACUGUUUGCUACUCAGAUAAGGCCAGUGGCUGUCCCCUUGGGAAGGGAUGGUGUGGCUGGAGCCGGGCUUCGUCCUCGGUCUGCUCUCCUGUCUCCUGACUGGCCCAGAGCUUUUUACACCUUUUAUUUCAGUAUUGUUUACAGGCCUGGGUAGUGAUGCCAGAGGAGGUGUCUCAGGUGCGGUUAUGGACUCGCCUGCUGUCAGGACAGGUUUUUUGACUUGUGAUCGUUUUGCCUUCAAAUCCACUCUUGGCAGCCCCGGCUGAGACCUCACCAAGUCCCCUCUCCAGCUUGGCGGCCCAGCGGAGCCCAAGCGCGCCCCUGCCCCCCACCCUGGAGGUCAUGAGGACGCCUCCCGGCCAGGUGCCCUUCCUGGGCUGUCGGCGGUGCCUCUAGAACUGUCCCGUAGCUUCAGAGGGCCCUGGGCAGGGAGCCGAAGACCCUUCCCACCUAAGUGCAGCUGUGGACUCCUUGUAUCUGAGUCAGUUUGUGAACAGCCAGUGGGGAAAGAAGGACCUAAGAUGCUGUGGCGCCCAGUUAAAAAUCUGAGGAGCUCCCACAGUGGCACAACGGAAUCUGCAGUGUCUCAGGAGCGCUGGGACGCGGGUUCGAUCCCCAGCCUGGCGCAGUGGGUUAAGGAUGUGGCUUUGGUCGCCACGGCAGCUCAGAUCUGAUUCCUGCUCCAUGAGCUCCAUGUGCUGCGCAGCAGCGAGAAAUGGGGCGGGGGAUGGAGAAGGAACAGUGGACAGGUGUGACAAGGGGCCUUGGAGGCGCAGCUCUGGGGAAGGGGACAUGAAGAUAUCCUUUUAUGGUUGUGCCUUGAACGUUCAAUGUGAAGACCCAUCACCAUGUGUCUCUUCAUUUUGUCAGAAAUUAUCCCUAAAACAAGACACCUUGUUUCUUCUAGGAACGACUGUGUUGUCAUUAAGUUUUGCUAAAUACAGUGUAACAUUCAGGAUACUGAGCUUUGUUCUUCAAGGUAAAUGAGCUCUGGCCAGCCCUGUGUAUGGUGGUGACUCCCAAGUUUACAUCAGCCUUUUGUCUGCUUUACCACAGCUCCAGGGACGCGAGUCCAGGGGCCCUUGGGUGGGAGGGAGCGUGCGCCAAGUGUGCCAAGGACCCAGUCCUGGAGUUCUAAUACUGGAAGCAGGAAAGAGGCAGAAGAGCAGAGGAGAUGAGGAAGAGCCAGUGGAGCAGGAAGAAGACGUUUCAAAGAGAGAGUGACGGAUCCCAUCACGAGGCUGCGAACGCAAGGCCACAGACUCAGAACCCAACCUGCAGAUGCGUCUUCCCGGCAGCGCUGAUGGGCUCGUGCUCGGCCGGGCGGGGAGCGGACCCGAGGGGGCUGCCAAGGAAGCAGAGGCCACGGACCGAGACGGAGCCGGCAGGGAGGAGGGGACGUGCAGCAGCAGCAGCAGCAGCAGCAGCAGGGGUGAGAGGAAGGCUCUCAAAAGACGGAAAACGAACUUACCUGCAGCAGUGCCGAGGGCCUGCCCGUGUCUGCCGUCUUUCCUGACCCUACGCACUGCUCCCCUCCUGCGAUCCGACUCUGUUCCUCGCAGCACCUCAGGCUGUCGGAGGCUGUGCAGCGCAUCUCUCACGGCUCCUAAGAUGCACCCGGCCCCCAGCCCCAGAGUCCUGGACCUUCCCUCGGGCCCCAGCCGCAGCUGCCCUUCCCUUCCCCGGAGCUGCUCCCUGCCCAGCUGACUCCGCGCCCACCACUCCUGCCCCUUCACGGAAAACCACAGUCCGUCUUCCCCGGAAGGACCCGCAGCCCAGCUCCCAGCCAGCUCUGGGCCUUGGGGACCGACUGGGCAGAGCAGCACGCUUUUGUGGACGCGUGGAGACACCACCAGGAGCCUGCGGGGGGGAGCUGCCUGAGGGCGGAGCUCCAGUGGGACAGGUGAGCGCUGGGGGACAGCGAUCCGGCCCAGCCUGAGGCCAACCAGCUGGCACCCAACGUUUCAGGUGAGAGACUCAGAUACUUGUUACGUGAGACUCUUAAAAGGCCGGGCUCACUCUGUCUAAGAUUUUACUGGAGUUCCCAUUGUGGCUCAGCAGUAAUGAGCCCAACUAGCAUCCAUGAGGACACGGGUCCCGUCCCUGACCUCGCUCAGUGGGUUAAGGACCCGGUGUUGCCGUGAGCGGUGGUGUGGGUCACAGAUGUGACUUGGACCCCAAGGUGGCAGCUGCAGCUCCAACUCGACCCCCAGCCUGGGAACUUCCAUAGGCCGCAGGUGCAGCCCUAAAAGGGAAAACAAAGGUUUUACCGGUUUUCUCACUCAGCAGCCUCUUCUCAUCCUUUGUAGCACUUGUCAGAACGUGUGACAGAGUAUUCGAGUGUACGCUUGGUAUUUCCCGCCCCGCUAGACCAUAAGCUCAGUGAGGGCAGGAUCUCGUUGGCUUGCUCUGUUCAUUAUUCCACUGGGACCUGCCGACUUAAAAUGCUCACCGAAGGGCCUAGUGAUAGCCUCAGACCCUGCGGGGGCCCCUUAUGCUAGGCGUGGUUCUAAGUGUGUUGAUUAACCCAUUUAAUCCUUAAAGUAACUCACCCAGUCGUUGGUAGAGAAUCACUCCAACUCUUCCGAUGGGGAGACGGAAGCUUUCAGGAUGGCCUCUUUCCGUGUCGUUUCCCGCCCCAGACCCGGCUGCGGCCUCUGGGGGUGUGGUCCCUCCCUCCACUCCCUGCCACCCCCCACGACUCCCCUGACUGCCUCCGACAGUCCGCUUUCGCCUCAGCUCCAGCCAGACUCCCGCUGAGUGCUGCCUGAUCCUGAGCCCUGCCGUGUCCUCUGAUGCCUUUCAAGCAUCCGUGUCCACAGCUUCUGCUACCAGACCAGGGCUUUCUGAGGAGGCAGCUGGGGCGGGGGGUUGACUGCCCCCCAGGCCCAGUCUCUGGUCCACGGGAGGACUGCAUCCAGGUGUUUAUUCCCUGGAUGUGUGGGCGGAGGUCAAGUAGUCAGAAGUACCACAAAUGCUGAGUUUCCAGUAAUUCUCUAGAACUGAAGCAGAUUUUGAAAUUGUCUCGGGUGGUUCACCUCAUUCACAAUUGAAACUGCCUUCGCUUCAUCCUGGGUGUGAACUGUUCUCAGAGUUGGUUAGAGCUGGGAUGACCUGCUGGCCCAGGUAGGGUAGGAAAUUCUGGCAGCUCCAGACACAUGAGGGGCUACCGACGCCUUUUUUCUUUGGUUUUAAAAAGCUCUUUAGUGGCCACUGCCAUCCAGCAGGCCCUUCUCUGGGCGCCUCUCAUUGGCUCCUCCCAACAAUACCUGAGGUAGGCGUGUAAUUACCACACUUUCAUAUAAUAAAUUCUGCACAGCAUUCC